AUGCCAACAGGAAAUGGGUUGUUUUACCCAAUCAUUGGGUUUGCAUCAUGUGUUGCAUUCAUUUACUUGUCUUUUGGGGAUCUAUGGGUCAAUUUCCAUAAAGAAUCAAAAUUGAGUUUUGUGGAGAGGAAUGGAACUCAUUUCAUGGUGGACGGUAGAGUCUUCUACAUUAAUGGGUGGAACUCCUACUGGAUGAUGGACCAUGCUGUGGAUGAAUUUAGGAGACCCAGAGUCAGAGCAAUGCUGCAAGCUGGUGCCAAGAUGGGUCUCACCGUGUGUCGAGCUUGGGCCUUCAAUGAUGGUGCCUACAAUGCACUCCAGAUUUCCCCUGGUCAAUUCGACGAGCAAGUGUUCAGGGCCUUGGAUCAUGUCAUUGCAGAAGCCAGGCAACAUGGAAUUAGGCUGCUACUCAGCUUAGUUAAUAACCUACAAGCAUAUGGUGGGAAGACUCAGUAUGUCAAGUGGGCCUGGGAAGAAGGCAUUGCUUUAAGCUCAUCUAAUGAUUCAUUCUUCUUUGAUCCUUCUAUCCACCGUUAUUUCAAGAACUAUGUCAAGGACAACCCUCGAAAGGUACAAGAUCUUUUUCAUAUAUGCAUCAAAGAAGACCAUCUUUAUCAAACACCUGGUUAUGGGACAUGCAAAAAAGAAGAAAAUGAUGACAGAAAAUAA